AUGGCCACAACGGGGGAACUGCCACUUCCCUCAUCGCACUCUCCCUUGUCUCAUAUCAACAGCUGUAUAGAUCCAAAUGACAUCGACUCCUUUAUCAACUAUGACCAGCCAAUCUAUCCAUCGCCAUCACUUUCACCCGCAUCUUCAAGGGCGAAGACCACAGUGAACCCUAUUCCAGCAUCAACUCCUGUGACAAGUUCGUCACUCAGUGUUCCCAGCUUCUCAUCCAACUCCCAGUCCUCUCAGGUCUUGUUCUCGGGACCCAGCCAUGAAUAUGACUCCUACAAACAGCAGACUGGUUUACCACCCGGAGGACUGGCCAAUACUAUUGCAAUUAACCGAAAUGUUGGCAUGGAUUUAGGCUUUGGAAGCCACAAUUUCGCGCUGCCUACAGAUUCCUUCAUGAGCCCCAACCAAGAUAUGCUUAACUACUGCUCGACACCACUACCAACUGUAUCAUUCAGGAAUAUGGGAGAUGUCGACUUGGAUCCCGAUACUCCAAAUGACUUAUUUCCGUCACCGCAGUUUACCAACAAAACCCAAUUUAUUGAUCCCAAUGCCCUUGGUGGCCAUGAAUUGUCAGGAAUUGGGCAGCCGAACCAAGUGGGGCGCAUGUAUCCUGGAAUGCAUCAACAGCAAGCUGCUUUGGCAAAGGCUGCACAGCAGCAGAGGCAGCGGGAGAUUAUCCGUCAGCAACAGCAGCAGCAGCAGCAGCAACCAACCCGUCCGGCCGCAAAGCCCCAAAACAAAAAUCGCUCCCCUGAUCCCCUUGUUGAAGAACGCAUUUCUCGACUGCUGCACCAGAUGAGACAGAGUAGCGUUGCUUCAGUCGCAAAAGAAGAGGAACCCAAACCACAAAGUGUGCCGCAUAUCUCCAAACAGAAGAAGGAUGAAGAUGAAAUGGAUGAGGACGAGCGACUUUUGGCUAGUGAGGAGGGCAAGAAACUUAGCAGUAAGGAGCGUCGUCAACUGCGGAACAAGGUUUCUGCUCGUGCCUUCAGGUCCAGGCGCAAAGAAUAUAUUGGACAAUUAGAAGGAGAGGUAGCUUCCAAGACCAACGAGGCUAACGAUCUUCGACUUCAGAACCGCGCUUUGCUGGAGGAAAAUGCCCGACUCAUGGAUCUCACACGCAUGCUUCUUUCAUCGCCGCAUUUUGCCUCUUUCCUAAACGAUAUGCCCAUAGAUGGCCCACCCCCUCCCCAAGCGAACCAACAGUCGACUAUGCAACAGCCACGUCAGCAAACACAGCCGCCAAAGGACCCAAACCCAUCUCAGGCGCCCGCAGACAUCCAAAUGCAGAAUCACCAAGUUGGCAUUGCUAUGAUUCCAGAGCACACGGUUGAUUUUUCAUCGAUGGACAUGAAUACACCCGGCUGGAACACAGGCAUCGACUUGAGCUUCAACAACCCCCCCGUCUUUGCGGUGUUGAAUGUCCCAGAAGGACCGGAUCUUGACAGCGCAAUUCUCUCCGGCAAAUCAUCCAACUCCGUUGGUCCCAUCUCCUCUGAUGAGAUAAAAGAUAUGAUGCCCUUAUUCGAAAGACCCCCAGUCGCUGAGCUGCCCGAGGAAAAGGAAUUCAUUGAACCUUCGAUUAAGGUGGAAGUCGACGAAUCUGACCCGUCUCUAGCACUGUUCUUCGACCAACCAAGUGGUUCCACAUUGACGAUUCCAACAUUCGAAGAUACGUUUGUUGGUAUUACGCCGGAAAAAUUGUUUGCUCGGAUCGAUCUUGUGGUUGACGAUGGUGACUUCAUUUCAGAUACGCGAGAUGAUUCUACAGGCGUCAGUGCUGCUACUAUGCUACGGUUUGAGCAAUUGUGCUCAAGCAUAGAAGGUGCCUAUCAACGUGUCUCCCUGAUUACUGCUCACUUCGACGAUUCUACAUAG